GAGGGAGGAGCACGCACCAGAGCGCAGGAGUGCUGCUCCUUCAGCUUGUCUCCUCCUCAUAUUCAUGCCUGUGAAGGACAAGCUGCAAACCCGCGGAGAGAAACGCCGCCGGCAUCGACGCAGAUAUGAAUCUGCACCGCGAACACGUUUCUCUAUCUGCUUCUGUCGGCGCGGCGGCGUCGAUAAAAUCUGUGGCGCUGCUGUUUAUCACUUACGCCAGCGCAGAGAUCAGCCGCGGCGCCCUAAGCUAUGGAAAUGAGUUUUAUUCUUCGGUUGUCACUGCCGUCAUCUUCUUCUUGUCCUCCCGCAGUGGGGAAGCUGGUCAGUAAGGAGGAGGUCAAAGGUCAGCGCUGGGCCUCCUGGAGUGGCGUACUGGGCUCGGAGGUCAGCGGCAUCUGGCCUAAAUACUCAGCCCAAACCGAGAUCAACGCCGUGGACGCCAACCCCUCCGCCGCCGUGCUCGUCACCGGAGACGACCUCGGCCUCGUGAAGCUGUUCCGCUUCCCCUGCGUGAGGAAAGGAGCCAAGUUCAAGAAGUACAUCGGCCACUCGGCCCACGUCACCAACGUCCGCUGGUCACAUGACCUGCAGUGGGUGCUGACCACAGGUGGGGCCGACCACGCCCUCUUCCAGUGGAGGUUUCUGCCGGAGUCGGUCAUGAACGGAGGCCCGGACGUCAACAUCCAAGACGGUCACGGAGACUCCAACAGCGAGGAGUCGGACAGCGACGUGUCUGACGUCCCGGAGCUCGACUCUGACAUCGAGCAGGAGACGCAGAUUCACUACGACAGACCGGUGUAUAAGGAGGACCUGCCUCAGCUGCGACAGCAGAGCAGAGAGAAGAAGCAGCAGGUUGGAUCUCUGAAGAGGCAGAAAGGACCGGACCAAGGCCUGCGACUGCAGUUUGUUCACGGUUACCGUGGCUACGACUGCAGGAACAACCUGUUUUACACGCAGGGCGGGGAGGUGUUGUACCACGUAGCAGCGGUGGGCGUGGUCUACAACCGUCAGCUGCAUAGCCAGCGCUUCUACCUGGGCCACGACGAUGACAUCCUGAGCCUCAGCAUCCACCCGCUGAAGGACUACGCCGCCACGGGACAGGUGAGCUGA